AUGGCUUUGUGGUUGGGUUUCAGUUGUGUCAUCUCUAGAACUCUUUACUUCGUCGACAGUGGCAAACAACCGCAAACAAUCGAAAUGGCGUUCUUGGAUGGCAGCCACCUGACAGUAUUGAAGAUCGAUCGUGCUCUGCGGAACAUUCCCGCAUGCCUCUCGAUCGACUACGAAACCGACCGGUUGUUUUGGGUCGACCGCAUGACGGCGAUGGUUCACUACAUACACUUAAGCUCGUUUGAAGUGGCCACCGUUUCGCUACCAUUGGGCGUCAAGCCGUACGCGAUCAGCGUUGGCUUAAACCAGACCCUUUACUUCCUGCACGGAAAAUCGACCGAAAACUCAUACGUUGGCUCCUUUCCGUUGCACGACCCGAGUAACGUCUCGAUUCUCCGCAGACGUACUAAUCGCGUGGUGAACUUAAAGGUGUUUAACACUAAAUUCCAGAACGAACGUCUGACUGAUAACCAGUGCAGUCGCCAAAAAGGAUACUGCCAACAUCUCUGCCUGUUGGGGUCAGCGGGUGAAAGAAAAUGCGAAUGCACUUCAGGCUUUACCUUGUCGGCAGACGGCCGCAGUUGCUCAGGUCUCAGCAGGUUUAUCAUGUACGCCGACUCAAACCACAUUGGCGGUAUUGAUGAAAAUGGGUCGAUUGCACUUGCUCCACUGCCUCAGGUGCACUCGCCAUAUUCGCUUGAUUUCUUGGCCUCUAGUGGUAAAAUAUACUGGACGGAUACGGAGAUAAAUCAGAUAAUAUCGAUUCGUCGCGACCUCACGGAACGCACGGUGAUUAUCGAAGAUCCAUACGCGCGGUUGGAAUCUCUUGCCAUCGACUGGAUUGCAGGUAAUAUCUAUUGGACGAAUCGGCUGCCGGGCAGCGAGUCUGGUCAGGGCGUGAUUGAGGUGGCCCGCGUCAGUGGUUCUCACCGUUACAUCGUCGCGUACGAAGCGAACGAUAUUCCUCGCAGUGUCAUUUCUGAUCCAGUGUCAGGGUAUAUAUUUUGGUUGAAUUCGAUCGGCAUUCAUCGAAGUUGGUUGGACGGAAGCGAUCGCGUGACUGUGGUCAAGGGCAAAAACAUCACCGACAUAUCUGUGGACGUUUUCUAUCGUAGGCUGUGCUGGCUGGAUCACAGUAUAAGUCAUAUCGCCUGUUCGAACUACGACGGCGACGACUUGAAGAUUGAGUACGCGUUCAGCCCUGAUCUCAGCUAUGUGACGACGUUCGCCAUCAAUAACGGCCGUCUUUACUGGAGCGACAGAAAAAUGCAAAACGGCAGCAUAAUGAUCGCAAGCAUAAUCCACGAUAGCGCGGUUCCCGUCCGAAGCAUACAGGUCACGAAACAUCGUAUUGAAUCAUACGUCACUGACCUUCGAAUUUACGACGUGAACGCGCAGACAGGUUCCAAUCCGUGUGCGAUCGACAAUGGAGGCUGUGAGCAGCUGUGUUUAUUCCGAGGCCCUGCAAACGUUCACGUGUGCCGAUGUUCGUUCGGCCAGUUGAAAGAAGACAAUAGAACAUGUGCCCCGUAUCGAAAUUUUUUGGCCUAUUCUCGCGUUCACAGUAUUGACUUCAGUUAUCUGGAUGUUGCAAAUGAACCAAAUUCUCCAUUUCCAAUGAUCGGAAAUCGUCAUUAUGUUCGAAACGUCGUUGGCCUGGCUUUCGACUACGAAGCGCAGCGCUUGUUCUACUCAGACAUCCAUUUUGGUAGCAUUUUUGUCGUGUCCAUGAACGAAACGCAGAAUAACCGACCCGUCAUAACUGAAUUGGUUUCAAGCGAGGGUUCGGUCGAAGGUCUUACGUUCGAUCACGAACACAAAGACCUUUACUGGACGAGUUACACAAACGGUAGUAUAAACCGGGUACACGUUGAAGGCCGACUGACUGAUGGACUGAGACCGUUCAAGGUGUUACAGUUGGACAGCAGCAGCGACAAGCCACGUGGCAUCGCCGUUGAUCCUUGUCAGAUGCGUAUUUAUUGGACCAAUUGGAACGACAACAGACCGAGCAUCGAGCGGUCAUACCUGAGCGGGGCGGAUCGCCACGCAAUCAUCAGCACGGACAUCAAGACGCCAAACGCGUUGGUGAUUGACUUUAAGACCAGAAAGCUGUUCUGGUCUGAUGCUCGUUUGGACAAAAUUGAACGCUGUGAAUACGAUGGUACAAAUCGCGUGGUCAUUUUGAAGGGCAAACCGAAUCAUCCGUUCGGAUUAGCCGUGCACGAAGACUACCUUUACUGGACCGACUGGAUUCUUCGAGCUGUGGUUCGCAUCAAUAAAUACACAGGCGGUGACUUUACGCUUAUUCGUCAGAACUUCUCGCGCCAGCCAAUGGCUAUCAUUGCCGUAUCAAACUCGUCCUAUCAAUGUAAGUUCACGCUUUCCAAUAUCGUAUAGCU